ACUCAAAAUGGCGGGUUUACAUUCUUCAUUUUUGCACUUUUAUUGCCGCUUGGAUUGUGUUUAAUACGUUAAAAACCGAUGCAAAAGUAAGGAAGAGUUGAAAAAUAUAUACAGUGGUUUUAUGGAAAAGAUUUCAUUGGUAAACAGCUUUGUUUUAUGGAAAGAUGAAAUUGAAAAUCUGAACGACUGUCAGAACGAUGACAAAUGUCACAAAUAUUCACACAAGGCAUUGGUAUUUGGGUGAAUAAAAACUAAAGUGGAUAAUAUAUCGGAUUCAAUGAAGUGCAAGGCAUUCAAGAGUCAAGCUCAAUUUGAUUUUAAAAUAUUUCAACAUGCAUUUUGCUAUCCUUGAGAUCGAGGAGAAGACGGACGAACAUGGAAGCUAUGUUAGCUAUGCCGUAUCGAUAAAUGGUGGCUUUCAUAGUUCAAUUCGCUACAGACAGUUGCGAGAACUCCAUGAUCAGUUGAAAAAAGAUUUUGGUGCACGAGUGCCAGAUAGAUUUCCUCCUAAAAAGCUUCUGACGCUGAACCAAACACAACUUGAGGAUAGACGAGAACAACUGGAAAAAUAUUUGCAGGCAAUAAGUCAGGAUCCUGUCUUAGUUGCUUCAAAAACCUUCCUCAAGUUUUUACUCAAAGCUCAAAAGGAGAGUAGCAAUGUUGAAGAAGAAGAUACGGAACUUGAUAUAUAUUUGAUGAAUGGCAAAAAAUUUCAAGUGAAAAUUCGAAACACAGACUCUACCGACCAUGUCAUACAGGAAGCAAUGUCGCAGAUAAAGUUGCCUCAGAAUAUGGUACAGUAUUUCUCGUUGUUUUUAAUUGAACAAGAGGAGGAAUCUGACUGGGCAGUUAUUCGCAAACUGCAAGGUUUUGAAUCGCCUUCGCUGGUCCUUAUGCCAAUCAAGGAGACACAUCGACUUGUGAUAAGAAAAAAUUUUUGGGAUUUGUCAAAAGAGGAUGAACUCUACAAAGAUAAGAUUGCUCUAAAUCUUCUCUUUGUCCAGGCAGUGAAUGAUGUUGAAAGAGAUUGGGUAAUAACCACACCAGAAACCUUGGAAGAACUUGGCAAUUUAAAAACUAAGAAUGAAAGAAAGAAGUACCUGAAGCUGGCAAGAAGUCAGAAGUUUUAUGGCUACCUUCAGCUCAAACCAUGCAAGAUGGACUUCCCUCAUAUGAACUCGCAUGUAAUCUUAAACGUUGGUGGAUAUGAACUGAACUUUAGACUGAUUGGAACACAGGAUACAAAAGCUAAAGAAGGAUGUUUUAAAGUGACACGGAUGAAAUGUUGGAGAGUUGUAUCAUCUAAAGACAACAAAAAGGGUGAAAUUGUAACAAAGAUUGCCUUUGAGUAUUUAUUUUCCAAAGAAAAACUGCAAUGGGUUACAAUCAUAAGUGAACAGGCAAUGUUAGUCAGUCUUUGUUUGCAAGGAAUGGUUGAUGAAAUUGUUGAACGCAAAGCAAAGGCCAAGAAGUCAGAGGCAUUAAAACAGACGAAAAAAGAAACAGAAACCGCAGUGGCAAAAGAAUCUUCAGCUGCAAAAGAAUCUGCAGCAGCCAAAGAGUUGUCCCAGAAAGAAGAAAAACAAGAAGCACAAUCUUCUGAUGAAGGCCCUAAAGAUGGGAAUGAAGACUCUCCAUCAACAAGGGGUUCAAAGAAGAAAAAACAAAAGAAAAUUGUUUCUGUCAAAAACGAGAUUUUUGCUCAAGAUAUCAAGGACGAAGAUUUGUAGUAAGAUGUCACUAGAUUUUUCUAAAUGAUCUAAUAUCAAAUCCUUGCAUUACCAUAACAAAUUAUUAUUCUUGAAAAUUGCUGGAACACAACAAUUCUCAAUUGUAAGUUAAACACACUACAAAUGAUUCAUGCACCUACUUAUGCAGAUAUGAUUCCCAUAAAUUCAUCAGAAAUUAGAUUGGAUUAAGGCAUGUUUAUAUCAUCAAUACCUGGCUGGUAUUAAACAUUGAUUUGAAUUUUUUAUGAAAUAAUUUGUACAUAUAGAGUAAUAUAGAAGAUUUUUGCA